UAUCAAGCUCUUUGAUCAACCAUGAAGCUCUUUGUUCCACUAAUUGUUCCACUGUGGGCUCUUUACUCCCUAGCCCAGCAGGCAGCUCCAAGUAAAAGCUGCAAAUGUGAGCUGAAUCCAACAGAAGAGGCUUUUCCUCACGACAAACUCCAAAUAGCGGAAGGCAAUGCGACAGACUGCAACACCCACAUCACACCACAGAAGGCUCUGGAGCUGGAGAGUCUGCUGCUGGGGCUGGAGAAACGACUGACCCAGCUGCACAGCGACCUGUCUGUCCUGGAGGAGGAGGACGAUGGAGAGCUGUAUGGUGUUCUCAGUCUGUUCGUUAUCGAGAACGAAAUGCUUGAGAUCAGGCAGCUGAUGGACAAGCUCAACAGCACCACUGAGGAACACCAAGUCCUCACCGCUGACACCGUUCAACAGCUUGAGGAGUUGAAAAUUGAAAUGAUAAAACUGGAGAAAUUUGACACCAUGGAGGUGGUGAAAGGACGACAAGUCAACAGGCACCUGAAGAGCGCCCUGGAAACAUGCAGGAUCGGAGUUAAAGCCACUGUCGCACCCACCCAACCACCAUAUGGUACCUGUCAACGCGGCCCACUUCGGAACAUCACCGGGCCUGGUGUGAACACACAGGGAGAGUUCCCUGGCAAUUAUGCAUACGGGGCUUGGGGUCGCGAUCCCAAACCAGAAAUGAGGAAGGAGAAUUGGUACUGGAUGGUACCGCUGACUUCCAGCCAGUACGCUAACUAUAUCCGUUUCUACUCCAGUCUUAGUGCACUCAUCAUUGGGGUGAGCACUCCAGGCAACAUUCAGAUCUCUCCCUCCAACCCAACCACCAACACUAUUCAGGGUCCCAAUAAUGUUUUGUAUGGAAGUGCUUUGUACUACAACUGCUACAACCGAGAUGCUGUUUGUCGAUUCAACCUCACCAGCAAAAGUGUGACCAGCGUACAACUACCAAAAGGAACCAGGUAUAACUCGAAGAGUAAUUUCUGCCACCUUGAAGACUGCUACGCCUACACUGACCUGGACCUGGCCACUGAUGAGUCAGGCGUUUGGGUUGUCUACACCACCACCGAGGCAUUAGGCAAUCUGGUUCUGACCAAGGUGGAUGAGACGGAGCCGCCAACGCUCGGUAAAACAUGGCACACUUCAGUCUACAAGCGAAGUGUGACCAACACGUUCAUGGCCUGCGGCGUCCUCUACGCAACACGUUACAUCGACGCAAAUGUGGAGGAGGUGUUUUAUUCUUUUGACACCACGACAGGGAUGGAGAACUUCAAAGUUAGCAUCUUCAUGAACAAGGUGUCUCCUAACAUUUUCUCCUUGAACUACAACCCAGUGGACCAGAUGCUGUACGCAUACAGUAAUGCUAAAAUGGUCUCCUACAAGGCUUUGUUUGGGUACUCUGAUCGUUAUGUUUCAUAGGAGUGAUGAUUAAUGGUACUCACUGUUUGAUCAUUUGACAUGAUAGUAUCAUGGUGUUAGAUUAACGUGUAAGAAUUGUCCUUUUACUUGUUUAGUCUUAAAAAUUUCAGAUGCAACAAGUUUCCUAUGAAAGACAUUCUCAAAAAGUUUCCCCAUGACUUUAGUGUUAUUAUUGCAUCAGCGCUGUUGUUGAAAUAGAAGUUGAUUGUAAAAAGGCACAUUCGACUUUACUUAGUUAGAUAAUUAAUCAACUACAGGUAAAAAAAUAAAAUUACUCGGCUUGUUCAAAUGCACACUGGAUUGUGAUGAAUAUGGAAAAUCCUUUUAAUAAGUUUAAAAGAGAAUACUUUUGCAACAACAAGAAGCCAUAAUGUCUCUUAUUACUUCCUGGUAAUAAGAGGUACAGUAGAUGCUUAAUAGUAGCGGGGAUUAGGAACCAAAACCUAACUUUAAAAUUAUUAGAACUGCUUAUUUUAGUAGUACAAUCAUCAAAUAUGCCUUGAUAUGCAAUAACACAUACAGUGGAAACCAAAAGAAAGAAAGGUUCAGUUUCAAGGUUACGAAAAUUUGCAAAAAUGACAAUUAUGGUUAAAAAUUAAGAAAAAAAUGCAGUUUGCCUUUGAAAGUAUGGUAUUUUCUAUUUACAAAUCUAAAGAAUUACAUCAUGUUGUUAUUUUGUUUAACGCUCUUCAACAGUGUAUGUGGGAAGUGGUGUCUAUAGGGUUUGAAAUUUCUCAAGUUGCUUUUCUGCUCCAAUGAUAAAUCAGAUUUUCUAGCUGUUCAUUCAAGAAUAAAUACAUGGCUAUAUUCUGCAUUAUUCCAUUCAGACGUGAUGUUACGUGUAUGUUUUGAAAUCUUCCAACCUAGUAAAAACUGACCAUUACUUCACCUGUUCUUGAUUGGGUGGUGAAGUUGUUUUCAUGACACUAUAUCCUGUUUGUAAAAUCGCCUAACAAACAUGAUAAAUGGCCUGAGGCAAAGAGAAGGUAAACACCUACAUCAGUAAAGAAACACUACAAAAAAUAACACUUCAAUUUAAAAUGAAUUCAUUGGGGUCUUUAAAUUUUAAUAAAACAUCUAAAUGCAGUCGAUUCUAUUGGAUAUACAAUCAACAAUUUAGUAAUUAGUUACACUGCCUUUGCAUUUUUUUUGUAUUAGUACAAAAAGAAUAGGAGUAAUAUGCUGUCUUAGUACUUAUUUCAAAAGAUGAAUCAAACAUGAUCAGAAAAACACACAAAAAGCUUGUCAACAGUUAUAAAAAUUAUUUCAGUCGUGUAACGCCAAUUUAGGUUUUUCUGUUAAUUACUGAGAAUUGCUUAUAUAAAUUUAAGCACACAGUUUUGGUUGAAAUGUGAAUAAAUGCCAAAAAAUGUAUUAACAGUUUGUCAUAAAAACAGAACAAAAAUAUUAAUAAAUAAAAUCUCACAAGAUAGCAAAUCACAGCGCUUC